UUUCCACAAGUAACACAUGGUGUUGUUAUUUGUUCUUGUCCCUGGCUUGAGCCAGAUGUCGCAGUAACAGGCGUCGAGGUUUGUGUUCUAUCUUAAAGACGGCUUAAGAAAGUGGUCGUUUGUUCAUUGAUUUACCAGGAAAAAAACUAUAUUGUCCCAUAACAUGUACUCUCUUUUCUACACAGCUUUUAGUUUUGGGAAGUGUGUAGCAAAAUAGGAUUGUAUUGGUAUUAAUAAAGGCGGCAAAGUAAAAGUCACGUGGCUUCCUGUUUUCUCAUUAUAAUGGAUGCUGAUUUAAAAUCAUACACAAUAUACAUGUGUUAUAGUGAAAAGACAAUGCUUUGCGGCGUGAUAAAAACAGCAGUAUAAGCAUUCCAGCAAAGCCGAUGAUUUUAACGUGACAUAAAAGGGCUACUUGCUGUCUAGUGUUACCGUGAUAACCAUGACCAGAGAUCGUUUUGAGCUCCUGCCCGACAGUAAAUCUCCGGUAGAGGACCAGUGCUGUAGACAUCUACGUACAGUGUUCAGCACCCAUCCGUGUCUGUACUGCUUCGUGUUUAUAGCCAUAUUGGUCCUUGACCUCGCGGAAUGCACCAACGAUUGGCUGUUCUUGAAAGAUAUUCUAUUUUUAGAACAAGGUCUCGUGUAUGGACCACCAAGGCGACUGGUUGUCAUGGUGCUAGUUUUGACCACAGCCAUUGGUUCAUUAGCAAUUGUUUUCGAGAUUUUCAACAUCUCGCGAGAGUUUAUCACCGGCACACCCUGGGUUGACCUUGACCUUUGCUCGGCUAUUGUCGUCUGGUUAGAUGAGGUACCAACACUAACAGUGAAUUUCAUUAUUAGCUUAUGCCAUAACGAACCCAUAAGUUACUUUCAGCUAAUCAAGGCGCUAAUUGUAAUCGUUUCUGUUGUUUUAAGAGUGGUUAUCCCUCUAAUUCGGACGUACUUGGAGAAAAAGUCGACCGUGCAUUCGACGCCAAAGUUUCGAAAAACAAUUUACAAGGGCGUGAAUACGAUUGGUUUGUGCGUUGCGUUGUCCGGGGCGUCGGCAGUGUUUAUCUUUACGCAUGUUAUGGCCGCCGACGAAGGCAAGCUUCAGUUCCGGAUGCCGGAUGAGAUAUGGGGCGGCCAGUUUGCUUACGACCAAUACUUCAAGAAUGUCGGCGUAUUUUAUCAACAUGAAGGUUUGGUUGGAGAAAACGAUGAAAACUACUGGCUUAAACUUGCAAACAUUGAGGAAUUCUUAGACAUGGAUACUGUCCAUGUAAAACUGUCUUACACCAAACAAGCUGGACGCAUUGAUAAGUUAGUGUUGCAUAGCUACAAUAGUUCUGCUGAACGCUACCGUGAAUGUUACAUUUGGAUAAAUGAGGACUAUGCCUAUACGAAAUGCACAUUCGAUCUAAUACCAGAGAAUUCCAACCAAGAAAAAGUGACAUUCAGAUUCAAUUUUCUCAGACCGCAGCUACACCUCAUUCUUGGGGAUAUAUCUUUUAAUGCUAAAUACCAAAGGAGCAAUAUUUGCUAUAGUUUAUUCGGAAAUGACACUAAACUCCUUUUAAACGAAACUGGAAACGAUGAACCUACUCAGAUGGGUCGUCUGCUUUAUUUGAAGUUGGAUACUAAUCUACUCUCCUCUCACCGGCUCGUGCUGUGGUCACAGAGCGCGAACCAAACGACAAAUUACCGUUUGUUCAACACGAGUCACGUGCUUUUGGGAGCUGAAGAGAUUUGGCAUACGGGCCUGUACGGGUGUGAGUGUACGGGAAAACGGGGCCCAACCUUUGAUGGAACUUUGACUGUAUCCUGCUGACAUGUUUUACUUACUUGCAAAUUUGUAAAUUAAACUAUUAAAUAACACUAAAGUUCCAUUAACAUGAUAAUUGUGAUCACUAGUGGAUUUGAAAUUGUACAAUUCUAGACU